GGCUGUAUCCCCGUCCUGGCUUCGUCUUACGCCGCCGUCUCGAGUUGGGCCCCCCUCCGACGCAUCGACCUCUCCAAGGCCAAGGCGACGCAGCCGGCCGACCGCCUGCAGAUCCUGGGGGCCCUGGCCUGCACUGCAUCGCGGGCACGGACCCCGCGGAGCAGAGCGGCCCCCCGCCCGAGGCCUGCGGGGCGUACGACGCGGUGAACGCCAACGCCCAGAGGUCCUUCGCGCCCGGGGCGAUGCAGGGCGCGGCUCUGCGCGGGGACGCCACGGAGCUCCGGGAGCUGCUCGGGAGAUUUCCCGACAGCAAGGACGACGGGAUCAGCGACGGGGCCACGCCGCUGCACGCGGCGGCCUGGAAGGGCCACGCGGAGGUGAUCGGGCUGCUGCUGGAAUCUGGCGCGAGCCCGAACUCCCGCAAGGACGAUGGCGCCACCCCGAUCUUCCAUGCCCCGGCCCGGAUGGGGAGUGUGGGGACCUGCGAGGUGCUCCUCCGGGCCAGGGCCGACGCGAACCUGUGCCGCGGGGACGGGGUCUCUCCGCUGCUCAUGGCCGCGCAGCAGGGCCACCUGAAGGUGGUCGACUGCCUGCUCCGCGGGGGGGCGGACCCGAACCUCCAGAGCAAGAGCGGCAGCACGCCGCUGCGCGCCGCAGCCAAGCACGCGGCGGUCAAGCGGGCGCUGCGGGAGGCCGGUGCGGCGGAGCCUGAGGCCGAGGCCGGGCCCCGGCGCGGCGGCGAGCCCGGGGGGGGCCGCAGGGGGCCACCGCACCCCGCGCCGGCGCCCUUCGGCGGGCUGAUGGCGGGGAGCGCUCGCCAUGGGGGAGGCGGGUCACGAUGAGUCCAGA